AUGGCAUCCAGGAAAACUUUGAAUCGAAGGCCUCGUCCACAGCGUGCUACGAGCAAUGUAUUUGCUAUGUUUGAUCAGGCUCAAAUACAGGAAUUUAAAGAAGCUUUCAAUAUGAUCGAUCAGAAUCGAGAUGGUUUCAUAGACGUUCAAGACUUGCAAGACAUGUUUGCAUCUCUUGGAAAAGAAGUGAAUGAAGAUUUCUUGGAAAAAAUGAUCAGUGAAGCUCCAGGACCCAUCAAUUUCACAAUGUUCCUUACUUUAUUUGGCGAGAAAUUAACAGGAACGGAUCCGGAGGAGAGUACUGAUAUGGUUCACGUAUACACUGGAAUUGCAUUUUGGUGUUUUCGAAUAGGUAUCAAGAUUUUAUGUUAUCAUCUUUAUUAUUUGGCAGCAGAAGUAUUCCAGGUUAUAAAAAACGCAUUUCAAUGUUUUGAUGUCAGUAACACUGGUUAUUUGAAUGAAGAUCGUCUUCGGGAACUGCUGACGACGAUGGGUGAUCGAUACACUGAUGAACAAGUCGAUGAGUUAUUCCGUGAUGCACCUAUAAAGAAUGGUAUGUUUGACUACGUUGAAUUUACACGAAUGCUCAAGCAUGGCACUAAAGAUAAAGAUGACAACAACUAA